AUGCUAAGUGUUAACCAUUCAGUGGAGGAUAUCCACAGAUACCCGUACCCACAGAGAACGUCACAGAUAAACCCAAAUGCCUCCACAACCAACAUCUUCCAGCUAAAUCACCCAAAGGCUCUCAGAAGCCCGUUGGCCCCCUAUCAACAGAUCACACCACCUGCUUCCAACGCAUCCACCCCGGUGGCGGAGAGAAGGGACGGGUUUUUCCUUUCUGCAAACACCAGCACCGUCAGUCUAGACGCCCAGGUGGCUCCCAAAACCGGCUGGGCCGCGUGGGCUCCUGAGGUCGACGUGAAGGUCGUGUCGUUGUGUGCUUUAUGGUACGGUUUCUCUAUCGUCAGCAACAACUCCACCAAGGCGAUUCUCCUGCGCUUCUCGUACCCGGUGACGUUGACGCAGUUUCAGUUCUUGUUGAACGCGUUUCUCUGCGUGGCGCUCUUUUCCGUGCUUUCCAUGUCGCCUCAGUGGGCUUCUCAUUUCCCCAAGGCCUCCAUCCCUAAUUUGCAUGCUUUGGACCGCUCUGUGGUCAAGUUCCUCACGCCCAACAGCUUUAUCAUCGCCACAACUUUGCCCAUGGGCAUUUUCCAGUUUUUGGGCCACAUCACCAGCCACAAGGCCACCUCCAUGAUACCAGUGUCUCUUGUGCACACGAUCAAGUCCUUGUCCCCUAUUUCCACGGUUCUCAUCUAUAGAGUUUUUCUCCGCACGAAGUUCAGGACCGUCACCUACGUCACGUUGCUUCCCUUGAUCUUUGGCAUUAUGCUCACAUGCUACAAGCCCAAGAACUUGAACGCCGCUCCUGGCUACUUCUCCGGCUUGGCCUACGCUUUCGUUUCCAUGAUGAUUUUUGUCUCCCAAAACAUCUUUGCCAAGCAGCGCUUGACGGUUAAGAGUCAGGACGAGACCACGUCUCUCCCGUCAUACAAGGCUGGCGGAGAAAAUAAGCUCGACAAGUUGACCAUCUUGCUUUUCUGCUCCGUCAUUGGCUUUCUCUUCACCAUGCCCAUCUACAUCCUUUCUGAGCUCCGCAAUGAAGUGUUCUCGCUCAGUCAGGUUUCACUUUCGCUUGUUUCGUUGGUGGUGUUGAACGGUGUCUCCCACUUUUUACAGUCGCUUCUUGCAUUCCAGCUUCUCGGCACCAUUUCACCCAUCAACUACUCCAUUGCAAACAUCAUGAAGCGUAUUGUCGUUAUCAUGUUUGCCUUUGUGUGGGAGGGCUCCUUCAGCUUUGUCGGCUACCAGAGCUACGGUGUUCUCCUCACUAUUGCCGGCUUGUACUGUUACGACAAGUGGGGCAUGACCCACAAGCAGUAA